CGUGUAUGUCUCUUAUUGGACCACUUUUAAACUAUAUGGGGCCACUGGGCCUUCGCUUUUUAGCUUCCUCUAGACACGUUUAUUGACAUCCCCAAAAACUCGAUAUAUCACGAUAAGCAAUUGCUACGGAAGAAGAAGAAGAAAGGCGGAGAUGAAUAGUCUGGCUGGACACGUGGCUUAAGUUCUGGGAAUGGUGGUCGGUGACGGGCAGAAAGGGCUGCCCUUGGAGCUGGCUUGCCCAGGAGGCUUACAUGAGAAAUCGAGAAAACACAACACGUCGCCUUUCUUCUCGUACGUCUCUCUGAAACGGAACGAGAAAAACACUUUUUUUUUCCCCCUAAUUUGCCUCUCUCUCUUUUGUUUAUCUAUGGUCUGUUAUUCCCUCUUAAGAAUUACCGAUAAUGAUUGAUUGCCCACGGCGACAUGACGUCCGCUGAGGUUUCCUUCCGGGAGGUUUGUCAAUGACUGACGCGCUUGUGUCGAAGAAUGCUUAGGGACGAGGACGAAGAUUCGCUGGAGAAAUGCACGGAACGCCGUCGUAGGAGAAUCGAGAUGAGGAGGCUCGCCUCCACAUCCGAAGAUGGUACGACUCCUCCGGUAAGUGAAAGCCAUGUGGAGAGUUCUAGUUGUGUUGCCAAAAGAAAGCGAAUUCGGACUGCAGAGACGGAAGGUUCCCCGGAGGCAUGCUUACCAGUCUCGUCCGAAGAUAACGAGGAGAGCGAGGCGGUCAAUAAGCCACUUACCGGACCUUCUCUGGGUGAGCCGACUUUUGGGACUAUGUCAGUAGCGGGGAGGUCACGUGAGAUGGAGGAUGCAAUAGCUGCAUGCACAAGCCUUUGCAGGCCAGAGAUCAAUGGAAGGAGACCGGUGCAUUUUUUCGGUGUGUAUGACGGUCAUGGCGGGUCUCACGUGGCAGAAUUAUGUAGGGAGAGGAUGCACGUGUUCUUGGAGAGAGAAUUGAUGCGCGUGGACCACACUGACAGUAGUGAGAAUGGUGACAGUAGCAGCAGUGGCAACUCAGGGGAACCUGAACUCCAAAGACAAGGAGGAGUUGAAGAGAAGUGGAGGAGGGUGUUGAAGAGGAGCUUCGAGUUGAUGGACGAGGCGGCAUUAAGCAAGUGCGCGUGUGGGGGCGUUGGAUUCGAUUGUGGUUGCCAUCUCAUGGAGGUGGCGCUCGGAGGGUCCACUGCAGUUGUGGCGGUCUUGACUUCAGAGAACAUUGUUGUUGCCAAUUGCGGUGACUCACGCGCCAUCCUCUGCCGGGGCGGGAGGGCCGUUCCAUUAAGUUUCGAUCACAAGCCAGAUAGACCAGAUGAACUUGCAAGGAUUGAAGCUGCUGGGGGCCGUGUCAUCUUUGUGAAUGGGGCUCGUGUUGAAGGCAUUCUAGCAAUGUCCCGAGCAAUAGGGGAUAAAUAUUUAAAGCCAGUUGUGACAUCUGAGCCUGAGAUUACAUUCACAAAAAGAGAACCAGAAGAUGAGUGCUUAAUUCUUGCAAGUGAUGGCUUGUGGGAUGUUUUGUCAAGUGAGUUGGCUUGUGAAGUAGCUUGUGAAUGCCUACAGGAAGGAAGUCCUCCUACUCUUGUGAAUGACAGGUCUCAGAUAGAUGAAGGGAAUGGGGCAUUAUAUCCAACUCGAAGCAUAUUGGCUGCGGCACUUCUCACUCGCCUUGCUUUGGGACGGAGAAGCUCUGAUAACAUCAGUGUGAUUGUCGUUGAUCUUAAGAGGAGCCGAAGAUGAUAUGAGAGUCAUCAUUCAAUGUUAAUAUCAACAUCAACUUUGUGCAGUUCUCUUGAGGGAAACAACAAGCAUACAUAGGUUUAAUUGGGGAAUAAAAAUCUUUACAUAGAUUGAAUGCAUUCAAUCGACUUUGGUUCUCUUAAACUCUGAUAUUCUUUGAUUAAUAUGGAAUAAGAUUUGGUGUGAGAUAUGCAACA